CAAUGUACGGACUAAGGGCUCUUGCACACGAACGUGCAAUCCGCCGACCGGCUGUUCCACCGACCGGCAAGAAAAUCGGAAGAUGUUAUUUUACCCACAUUCGAAUACAACUUAACACACUUUCCGGUACCGGCUAUUCUGCCGACCGGCCGCCGUUCAUAUUAAAAUUUGGACGGCGAACACACGGCUGCCGGUCGGUAAAUUAACCGGCGCGUUCAUUUCAAUGCAUGCAAGUUUAUGCCUGUUGACACACGAACGGGGAUUCUACUGUCGCCGUGGUACAGAGUCGUAGUUUCAUUUCCGUUUAGACAGUGUAGUCAUGAGGAAUAAAACUAAAGCCGCCUGUAAGAUAUCAUCGAUACAUUUAUUUAUGAAAACCUGAACGAAG